AUGUCUGUGGUCAUCAUCGUUUUUGAUCAUCGUCGCCGCCUCAUCGGACUUCCCGACUCGUAUGAGUCGCUCAUCCAAAAGGCGCGUGCGGAGUUCAAUCUUGGAGAUGCCGACUUGCUUGUUCAAUUCACGCCCCCCUUCCUGGACCAAGAGGUCGAGCUUGAUCCUACUGCCUACCACGCCAUCCCAAACGAAAGCAUCCUCCUCUUCUCCAAGCUGCAUUCACAGCAAACUGCGGACCCUGAGCCAAAGAGAAAGCGGACGAAGACUGGGAAAGCCCCUCAGCCGACUUCAAGCUUCGUCGUUCACGUCAAAACAAUGACUGGAAAGAUCACCCCCAUAGAAACCAAAGUCUCAGCCACGGUUGGGGAGCUCAAAGCUCUAUACUAUGAAUGGGAGGGCGUGCCUCCCGAGGCCCAACGACUCAUCUUUCAGGGAAGUCAAAUGGAAGAUAAUCGGACUUUAGCCUCCUACUCAGUCAAGGACAACGACUUGAUUCAUUUCGUUGCUAGACUUUGCGGGGGCAAGCCUGCCAUUUACCUCAUGUCUCCAACAAAACUCUCCUCUGUCUCCGUAGACGUCACCCUCACACAGCACUGGGGAUUCUCUACUCUCUAUCCGAUCAUCAAGCCCGCGAUCGUUUCUGGCAAAUCCCGCGUCACGUGGCAAGUCUCUGUAUGCCCGGAUGGCACGCUCGAGACUUUAGGAGCUCCAGGGACCAAGUUGCAGUGCAGCUACCUCUUUUGGGAAGCCGAGGCCUUCGCAGACGGAUGCGUCGCUCCAGAACAUUCAGCCGACUAUCCUUUCAACCCUCAGAGCCCACACCUUUGCGUUAAGGGCUCAGCCGCGCACAUAUUGUCCUUCGACAACUUUCUGCCUUACCUCGACAAGGUCCUGCAGACCCUGACAUUGACACCAGCCAUGCGCACCGAGUUCAUUGUGUACUGGUUGCCCAAGUUUAUGAAAAUCCGCGACAGGGGUCAAGAUAUUGCGUUCGACUUCGUGCCCCAAUCAGACUUCCAGAAGGUUGCUCAUUUGGAGAUUGAGCCCCGACCUGACACGGUUGCUCGCGUCUUUCUCAUCUUCCGUGGGGCAUUCAAACAAACUCACGGACAGAAAACUCUGGCGGAACUAGAGGCCAUUGAUUGGUCUGCUAGAAUCGGUAUUGAUGUGGCAGAAAUGAAGGAUGCAGGCACUUUUCGGGCUCUGGAAUGGGGUGGAAUGGAAGUGAUCACAGUUUAG